AUGCAGGGCGCGCGGAAGGGUAGGUAGGUGUGGAGCCAUUUUUGGAAGCGCAUUGUUGCAUUGCUCCAGAUCCAUACAUGUUGUGGUCGCCCCUGCUGCUUCAUACCCUUCUGUGCAGUUUCUCGCUCCUCUGUUGCCUCGCUGCUGUUUCAGAGUGAACAGGUGUGGGGCUCUUUUGUUGCCUCUGUGGAGGGAAAUGCUAUGCUUUCCUCUUUGGAUGCUACACUCCAGAGGGUUGUGGUGGUUUCUGCGAUCAGCAGUGGUUCCUAUGGUCUUGACAGCAGAUACUGUUAUCUCAUAGAGUAAUAUAAUGUGAAGGUGGCUGAAAUCGAAUCAAAACUUAAAACCUAGAGUCUAAUUGGAGGGGGUAUUACUGAAAUGUUCCCUAAAUGACUCAAACUUACUCUGAAAGCCUUGUCCUGAAACAGGAUUCAGUGGACUAAAAGCUCCUGUACAUUCCAAGAAUUUGUUCGUACUCCGAUGACACAUCAGAUGACAUCCAUGAAAUUGCCUCAUGUUUCUUGUGAGUAUAUAGUAUUUGUUGCUAAAACCUAUUGUGGUUCCAAAGAUCUGCUCUGGGGAAUGAAAUUAGUUUGCAUACCACUUGAACUAGCAGUUGUUGUACAAAAUUAGGAUCUGGCUCUUGAAAAAAUGGCAGAAUAUUAUUAUUGUUAUUGUUAUUUGUUGCCUAUCUGGCUGGGUUGCCCCAACAAGUUACUAUAAUUUUAUUGCUUCAUAGUGAUGUGGCCAGAUACUUUCAAGUUACCUUUAUUAUGAGGACUAGAAACAUUUCUGUAGUGAGAACUCAGAUUCUUGGACAAGAGCUGGAAACUAAAGUAAGUUUUCCAUUGUCAAUUAAUAUGCCUCGGGAACAAAUUUGUAUAGUCUUUGGCUUCAAGUGUCCAAAAUUUUCCAGAAGCAAAGGGUAGUUUUUACUGUGUUUUCUAUACGAGAUGGAAAACAAAUGUCCAUGUUGCUUGGUUGAUAGUCAUAAUAUUGAAAACUUUACAGAGCUCGGGUAAUUGGAAUACAUAAAAUAGGGGUACCAAAUCACCACAUGAACGCCAAAUAAUGUUGUGUGGUACACAAUGGUGUAUCCUGGAUUUUAGCACCUAUGAUGAAAUACUAGUCCCUGGAUCCCGGAAGAAGCAUGGUUUAAUAAAUAUAAGACAUAACAUGGUUAUUUCCAGAAGGCCAUAUACUUCUCAGGACCAGGUUACUUGAGAGACCAUUGUAUUCCUUAUACACCCAGUAGAUCGCAAUGGUCUGUAGGAGAGUUUCUCCUCCGUUUCCAAGAUUUCAGAAGCAUACUCUGCAGUAACUCAAGAGAAAGGCUUUUAGUGUGGCUGCUCCUAUUCUGUAGAACAGCAUUCCUGUCAGGUAGGACAAGCACUAUUUGCCCUUUCUGGGAAAGAUUGAAAAAGACAUUUUUGUUUUGACAGGCUUUCCCAGCUGGAUAAAUGGGCAUUUACCCUGACUGUCCACUUGUUAAGAGAUUUAGUCUUAUUUUAAUUGUACUUGUUUUGUGUUUUUUAACUGUUUUUAAUUAUGUAUAAAUUGAAAUGGUGGUUUACCAGGUGAUUAUACUGAUAAUACUAAUAAUCCUCCAUACACUACUUUGCUUGGUGUUUGUUUUUAUUUCUGCUGACCGCUUAUAUGCUGCUCUGCUGUAUCAUGAUGUAGGAAUGUUUUUGUUUUUAUAGUCUUACUGUAAUUAUUUAAUCUUUCUGUAAGUUGCCCAGGUAAGCUGUUAAAGGAUGGGGUGUAAAUCAAAUAAAUACAAUGCAAUACAAUGUGUUUGUUUAUUUUAUUUUCUUCCUCCAGGGAGCUGAUGGUUGUAUACACAACCCCACAUUCCCCCCCCCUUAAAAAAACCCUUAUGUGAUGGGUUUGGCUGAAUGGUACUGAUUUUCCCAAGGACAAAUCCCAUGCAACCCUAUACUUAACCUACUACACCAGAUCUGGAGAUGUGGAAAGGGCACCAAAUUGUAAACAUGCUCAGCCUGGGAGGGGAGCAGUUUUUAAAGUCUUUCCCUUGCAGUAAAAGUCAACAGGAGGGAAAUCCCUUACAGUGGGUCUGGGGGCUGGGGUAAUGUUGCACCAUCGCUGAAGGUUGGCCAUAACUUGAAGGGUAUCAGAUUUGUUAUGUGUAUGUUCUUCCCCUGUGCAGCCCACACCUCCACUCCAUGUCAUCUGCUGGUGUAUGGGAGGAUUUUACCAGCUAUCUGUCAUACUGGCGGCAUAUCUCAAGUUCUGCCACUGUAACAGCUUCCUCUGAUUCCUGUGGGCCAUUCAGCAGAUCUCAAUAACAUUGCUUAUGGUGAGUUCCAUGGCAGAGGUGAUUGCUGAGCUCUCUGGUCAAAAUCCUAUACACUCUCCACCAUAACAUGGAGUGGUCUUGCACUGGUUAUUUGUUUCAGCACAGUGGUAGUGCCAUUAGCAUUGUUCUCUGUCCUCAAGGUUAACCAUACUGCAAGGGGUACACCUGUUCAGAGCUAUUACAACAUAAAUAAAAAUAAGAGAGAAACCUUCAAAGUAAAUGGGGGGGGAUGUCAGCACAAUGUCAGAAUAUUGCUGGGGCAGGGUAUCUCAUUCUUUUCCCAUCACUACCUGCACCCUCCAUGCUGAAAGAUAUAUGUAGUAGAAAAGUGCUCAAAAGUUGCUAAAAGAAUAAGUUAUUUUUUUAAAAAAACAAAAUGAUGCAAGCAGAGGCUGUUGAAUUGCUUACUACCAGUUGUAUCAGUGCACUUUACGCAGAACUCCAGAAUGUAAUAGGUCUUCCAGUUGAGAAUGUGGACAUGGAAUUUACACUUUCUUAAUGACAAAGUGCUGUGGCUUGAUAAAUGGGGCAGUGUGACAAUUCCUACAAAAGACCCUAUCUUGAGAGAGAUCUGGGUUCCCAGCAACAGGUGAGUAACCAAUAUGCACUUCUAGAUAUUUUAGAAUGUAUUUAUCUUUAUUGUUAAUCGCUUCAGGAUGUUUUACAGGAAGUGAUGCAUAAAUUAAAUAGUAAUAGAAGCUGUAAAGCGCUUAAUAAAAAGAACCCCUAUGUAGGGUGCAUAAAAACAACGCAAAACAAUUAUCAGCAAUAUACACAUUAAAUCAGAAAGUUUUAAAAACCAAGUGCAUAGUUAAUUAGAUUAUGUCCUGGUAGACUUACCAGACCAAUUAAUUUUUUAACAGGCAUCUGAAGCACUACAACAAGGGUGCCUGCCUCAUGUUAAUAGGCAGGGAGUUCCAAAGCACACUGGAAGUUCAACUCACAGCUGUGGAGUGAAUAUCAUAUGGCAUCUGUAAAAGCUCUAGUUAACAAAGUUGGAUCCAGGAGCACCCACACACUGAGUGUUAAUGUCAGAAGAAGGAACCCUCUUGGUAGUUCUACCACCCUCAUAGGUUUGGGGAAUGGUAAUGCAGGAGAGGUCAUUCUCUGUGGCAAGUCCAACACUGUCAAAUUCCCUCCCCACAGAAGUAGUGUCCUGCACUUGCAUUCUAUGGCUAAGGCUGUAGCCCACCCUGGAACUUUCUGAGUGGGUAACAAACAAACAAACUCCUUCAGAAAGGAGCACAGUCCCAUCCAAGACAAGCAAUUGGCCUGUUUGUUUGACACAAGAGCCAGUCACCCACUCCACUGGGAUUUAAGCUAAGUUUAUUUGCCCUCAUCUAGAAACGGUUAAAAAAAAAAAUCUAGAACAAUCAUAGAGUUGGAAGAGACCACAAGGGCCAUCGAGUCCAACCCCCUGCCAGGGGGUGUCCAGGCACUGGUGCAUAGCCCACAGAGUCAUUGUAGGAGAAUGCCAUGGUCACGGCUAUUAAAAGCUGAAGUGACACUGAAGGAGCAAGACUGCAUUGUCCUUUUUCUGCUCUCGAUAGAGGUCAUCCACAGGGUAACCAACGCCAAUUUGGUCCCAUAGCAAGGCCUGAACCCAGAUGGGUUCUAGAAGGAAUUUGUCUAGAAUGAUAACAAGUAUCAGCAAAGCAAGUGGAAUUUGCAAUUGACUGGUAGGUGGUCCAAAUCAAUGGGUGUAAGGCUGGCGUUUUUUAGGACUGGCCACACCAUUGCAUCUUUCAAGGUGGCAGAGACUGACAGGCAUCAAGAGGGUAUGUAGUCAAUCAGAGAAUAAUGCAUUUUAUUUGUGUCACAAGAGUGCAUAAACUGAAAGGGAUCCUACAGGGCAUUGCAAGAAAUGGCAUUAGGCACUUCAGUUGGAACUGCAACACCUGCGGAGUCAAGGUCUCUCUCCAAAGCCGAGCAAUUUUAUCCUAAAAAUAUGCAGCUAGUUGGUUACAGCAGGUUCUUGAAGGCUCCAGGGGUCCCUCCUCCACAGCAACCUCUGAAUACUCGAAAGAGCUUAGCUUGCUGGCCGCUAGAGGAUGCAGCACAGGUUACAAAGUAUGCUUCUUUUGCUGCCUAUAUUUUGACAUGGCACACACAGUUAUGUGCCCUAACCAGUGUUCAGCGGACCUUGGAACAAGCCUUGAGCUUUUCCUUGCAAUUAAUGAAUAUUGAUCACUGGUAUAAUACAGUCUGGCAAACAGCCUUAAUGGAAAAGUUGUUGUACAAACUGAAGAGGGCAAGGGGAGAGAAAAAACAAGGUAAUUUUACACAGUUUAGUAUGAUUUUAUUAAAUAUACAAAUGGAGCAACACAUGGACGAGAAAUACCUACAGCAUAUAUUGCAAUAUGGCAUAGAUAAGCAGGCCCUACUCAUUAGUUCAUUCCAAUUCUUGUGUGUUUUCCAAGUUGAUUUAUUGAAGAGUUCAUUGGACUGGUAUACUGUAAUCACCUCAGUAAUAUGUACUGUAAAAUAAUAUGUUUAGUAUUUUACACACCCACCCCAUGACUCGCUUUUUGUCAGUCGUGUCAUGUCUUGUUAUUUAGGUGUGUACAAUUUUGUAACAGAUAGAAUAAAUAUAUUAGAACUAUAGAACAAGACUUGAUCUCUAGUCUACAUCCAUAUUACUUCACAGUCCGUAAUUGGUUGAACUCUACAACACUGAAGAGGAAGCCCAGGAGCAAUUGUGCCAACUAUCUGUCUUAUCUGAGCAGCAAUAAUAAUAAUAAUAAUAAUUUUUUAAUACCUGCCCAUCUGUCUGAGUUGCCCCUGCCACUUUGGUUGGCUAUGAAGCAGGAUGUCAAAUUGGCUGGAAAAAGACCAUGGCCAAUCUCAAUAUAAGGCAUCUUGUAACAUGAUUACACACUAGAUUAUAAUUUGGAUUGUGUUGUUUUUCCACUGUUCCUUCAAUGAGGUGAGAGUGAUAUAUGUGGUUCUUCAUGCGGUACUUUAUCCCAACAUUCCUGUGAGGUAAGUUAAGCUGAGAUGUAGUUAUAGCUCAAGAUAACCCAAUGAGCUUUAUGACUGCCUGAGUAGAGAUUUGAAACCAGCUCUCCCAAAUCCAGCACUCCCAACUGCCAUGCCAUACUGACUCUCUAGCUCAUAUAUUCGGCUGUUUGCUGAUAUCUGCCUGUUUCUCCAUGUUAUGGGAGUGUGAACUAGUUACAAGCCAGUAUUAACUGGAUACACAUAUACAUAGGUAGGAAAGCAUUACUUUAUCUGCCUGUCAUAGGAAAACAUUAAUUUCUCUGCCUGUCAUAGUCUAGCCAUUCUCCGAAUUCAGCAGAUGUAUACCUCUAACCAGCAGAUACUAGGGAUAAACGGGAACGGCUGUUGCACUUUUUCUCUGUGGUGUUUGAUUGGCCUCUAUUGGAAUAGCAGAUGGAGAAAGACAGUUCCCCCCUAACCAUAUCACAUUGGUGUGAGGAUGAAUGGGGAACAUUGCCUAGUGCAUUGAAUGUUGACGAAAGCACAUUGAUUCUUGACACAAACUAUUGCUUUUGUAGCUCAAGAACUAAAAGAAGCAAAGGAAUUCCUGUCCCCCUAUGAUAUAAGAAUGUUGUGACUCGUAUUCAACAAGAAAAAAAAUUAGGACUUGUGAGUAUUACUUCGUCAAGAUGAUUAUCCUAGCCUGCAUGGCCCAGCAAGCGGUGUGAAGGAGCUCCAUGAUACAAUUCAGCAACUAAAUCUAAGAAAAUGUAACCCUGAGCAAUGCCUGGAAGGGGAAACCACCUUGAAUCUAUAUAUAAGCUGCUCUGUGCUCCUGAGAGGAAAUGUGUGUAAGUGUAAAUGUAAUCAAUGCACUAUUUGUUGGGUUGAUAGCCAAUCAUGUAUUGAUACCAACGCUUUUGAAAUGUGGCCUCAUCGUCUGAUGAAAUCUGAUUAGGCUCACCCAUAAUAUAGUUGCUUCUCUCAUUGCCACUCACAAAACGUCAAAUUGUGGGAUCCACUUUUCCCCUUUGGAAUCGGUGUAAUAGCUAGGAAUGCUGGAAGAAGUUCACCAAAUCCAAUUCUCUUGUCUGCCCCUUGAAAUUGAGUUUCCUCAAGGAGCUUAAUCUGCUUUCCAGGGUGAAUUUGGAUUCUGUGUACCAGUACUUGUUCAUCCAGGGAUCACUUGGUCUAAGUAUAAAGCCAUAUUUUUAGUGGUAUGUAUUCGGCAGUGAGAGAUUUUACUUUCUUGGGCUCCAUGAUCACUGCAGAGGGUGACAGCAGUCACGAAAUUACGGUAAAAGACGCCUGCUUCUUGGGAGAAAAGCAAUGACAAACCUAGACAGCAUCUUAAAAAGCAGAGACAUCACCUUGCCAACAAAGGUCUGUAUAGUUAAAGCUAUGGUUUUCCCAGUAGUGAUGUAUGGAAGUGAGAGCUGGACCAUAAAGAAGGCUGAAGAAUUGAUGCCUUUGAAUUAUGGUGUUGGAGGAGACUCUUGAGAGUCUCCAUGGACUGCAAGAAGAUCAAACCUAUCCAUUCUGAAGGAAAUCAGCCCUGAGUGCUCACUGGAAGGGCAGAUGUGAAAAGAUGGAGGGCACAAGGAGAAGGGGACCACAGAGGACGAGAUGGUUGGACAGUGUUCUCGAAGCUACCAGCAUGAGUUUGACCAAACUACGGGAGGCAAUGGAAGACAGAAGUGCCUGGCGUGCUCUGGUCCAUGGGGUCACGAAGAGUCGGACACGACUAAACGACUAAACAACAACAAUUCGGUUUUAUGUUUAUGUUACAGUGCUUUCUUAUCUAGACAUACAUGACUUGCACAAAAAAACAGACUCCCUUUUAUUUGUUUCUACCUGCCUCGUUUAUAUUUUCUGUGGGUAGCUUGCAGAAAUAAUCCUCUGUCACCGGUAGUAAGCAGCAGGGUGGGAUGCAGACACUGACCUUACCUCCUAGCAGGUGAGUCGAUACUGCUUCCUGGGAGGGAGGACAGUGUGAUGCAAAUGUAAGGCACUGGAUUGGUUCCACUAGAGCAUUUUCAUUGUAAAACAAUGUGAAACUUCAAAACUGAAUACAAGUAGUCUUAUAAAAUAAAUCAAGUUUUUUAAUCUGUGCCUAUGCAGAUUUUUAAGGGGAAAUCCUUUAAAACCUAUGCAGAAGCAUCAAGGUAAAACAUAAAAAUAAACUACCUUUGAGGCAGUGCUGCUUCUGUUCUUGUAAAAGCUACUUAUUGCCUUUUAAAAAGUCCAAAUAUAGAUCGUCCAGCUGCCCACAGCCUGGUGUGGCUACUGCACGAGACUCCUUGCUGCCACACAAUUUGACUGCAAGAUGGACUGCAACAGGACUUGAUGGACACUCCAUCACUCUCAGGGAGAAUUUUAUGGAAAAAACACAGCUGCCUACAUGUAAAAACUCAGGACAACCUCAUGAAGGGAUCGUCAGACUGCAGAUUCUGAAAUGGACGCAUGAUCUGAUCUGAUCCACCCAGAUCAAAUCAGGCAAGUUUGCUUUUGAAUCCAAGUUUGACAGGUCCUUUUCUCAUCCCUGCACAACAUUUACCCCAGUCAGUGCCUUGGCUCUCAUUGGCUAAAAUACUGAAACGUGAACAUUUGGGCAGAGAUACCUUUAACAUUCAUAAGUAAAAAGGGUUACAGCCUUUUUAAAUUUGUGAUAAUUGAGAAUCCAGGGAGGAGGCUUACAAUAUCUUUCAAAAGCAUGAUCCAUUGUGAAACCCUCUUCACAAUCUAUCAAUUAAUUACAGCUAGAUGAUUGUUAGCCUUUAUUAAUCAGAAAUAUACUUUGGUUGAGAUAUUGGACUAAUCACUAAGAUGAUGCCUCUGUAGCAAAGUGAAUUGAUUUAAAUCAAGUUUUUCAUUGAUUCUUAUAUUUCCUAAACAAUGGUGCAAAUCUGACCACUAAUCCACAACUAAAUAGAGUAUUAGUUACAUUGUCACAGUCUUAUAAUGAAGCAUUGCAUCUGACAUACCAUACAAUUUGCAUGAGCUCCCACCCUUUUCCCUGCUAUAGAGGGAAAGUGUUUAAAAUAUUUCCAAAUAGGGUAAUUCUUAUGACCAGCAACUAUGAUGGUAUUAGCACAUUUGGGCACCAUACUAACCACAGUUUAGUGUUGCAUGAGCAAGCCAAAAUGGGCAGCAGUGAGCCUCUUGCUUGCGCAAGCCCUCACUUCCCUUCUCGCCCAUGUAGUUGGGAGGAGAAAAUCAGAAGAUUUCACUUUGGCUUUUGCUCAACUGUGGUUUGUGAUUUUGUCCCCACCAACCAACUAUAGCUAGCAUUAACUCAUUUAUUUCUAACAAGCUAGCUUGAAAGCUGUAGUCUCUUUCCCUGGACAAGUCAUAUAUCUGAGAAUUAAGAUUUUCCUUCCUUUCAUGAGAUCGUGAAAUGCCAAGAGCACAGAACCAGCAAAGGAGUGUUAUAUAGUUCCUGUGGGUCUUCCCACUCCUACAGAAGAUGUUUUAUGACCUAUUACUCCCGUGACUCAAUCUGGAAAUCAGAUCCUUUGCCUCCUCACUAAAUUAUUUCUACUUAGCUUUUUGGAGACCAUGUGUGUUAUUUUUGGGAGAAGCCUUCAUAUACAUAUAUCUUAUUACUUCUGUGUAUAAAACAAAUGAUGAUUUAUGCCUUAGCUUCUCCAAAGUCAAGAAUUUUCUCUAGAAUUUUACAGUCUGCUAAAUUUGUAUUUAGAUUUCUUCCAUUUUGAAAAAAUUCUGAAUAAAUUGCAAAACAAUUAGCACAUAAACCACCAGAUUUUUUCCAUGUAUAAGACUAUAUUUCCCCCCAAAUUUUUAAAGUUUAAAAUUGGAGGUCGUUUUAUACAUGGAAUGUUGCAAUUAUUUAUUUCUUAAUUUUGGGCUCAAAAAAUAAGGAUUGUCUUAUAGGUGGGGGUGUCUUAUACACAGAAAAAUACGGUAAUUUUCAUAAAGCAGGUGAAAAUACUUAAUGUUAAAAUACCAUCUUGUCACUAAAUGCCAGUCAAAGUAAAAGAGACUUGCAAUAUUUCCAGAUUUCCAGUUAGAAAAUGAACAUGUCUCUUGGGAAACAGAACUGUCACCUAGCAGUAAGAACAUCCCAGGCAAAUUAUGUUGACUGUGUGCACACCAUACAUGUGUCUUAAUGCACCUUAUUUGAUUGUAUCCAUACCGGUUCCUGAACUGUAAACAUAGACCCUACAUACUUGGGGGGGGGUGCUUUAUAAUCAAAUACAGAAAACAACAAAUAAUUUUCCAAGCUGAAAUUAAUGUGGUUUCCUCUUAAUCUUUAAUUCCCAAUUCUGCCACAUUAGAUCAAAGGUGUCUUAGAAGACACGAAAAAAAUACAAUCCUAUAAAUAACAAUAACAAAAAUUACCAUUGUACAUUGAUGGUGCUAUAUAAACAGCCCAUCUUCUUUUGCCAUUCCAGCCUAAAACAAUUAACGGUUUAGUGGACCCACAAGAAUCUCAGUGAGACACUUAAACACAAUUCUGACAGAUCUGUGCAAACGUUAUAACUUCUUAGCAACAGUAUUUGGAGAGGAGGACCUCAGACAUAUACUUAGAUCCUAGAACUUCCUGAAAUUGGGAUUUGUUUGAGCUGGAGCUUAAAAGUCCCUUUCUUGGAAAUAUUAAUUGGAAGUAAUAAUUAAGGGAACUAGACUACCUUAAUUAACAUGAAUUCCCAAGCCAAUGUUUACCAAGGAAACACCAAUACAGGAGUUGAAGGAAUAUCUAUAGAUAAGCAGGUGGCGUAUAAACGCCAGGCCAGACCUUUUGUUCCUUAGCCAAAGUUGCCUCCAGUUUUUGAGCCUAGGAAAAAUAUUGCAAGUGACUUGGGCAGAGGGCAUUUGCAGGUAAGAACUGGUGGUUCGGAAAGGCUUGAGCACUCCACUCCUGUCUGUUGACUGUCCCCUGCAAGUAUCCUUGCAUUUGUGCACUUCUGUCCUAAGAGAGCAACUCUGAAACAAUCAAAUGGGAAGUUUUGGAACAGUUUAACUUUCACUGAUGGGUCAGUCAUCUGAGCCAUAGUGGACAGUCACGCCUCUCCACUUCUACAGAAUCCCCAAAGUUGUAUGCCAUGUGGUAGCUCAACAGCGCAAAAUAUUGAGAUGUCUCUCUAAGUAAUAUGUUGUUGUUUAGUCGUUUAGUCGUGUCCGACUCUUCGUGACCCCAUGGAACAGAGCACGCCAGGCACUUCUGUCUUCCAUUGCCUCCCGCAGUUUGGUCAAACUCAUGCUGGUAGCUUAGAGAACACUGUCCAACCAUUUAGUCCUCUGUCGUCCCCUUCUCCUUGUGCCCUCCAUAUUUCCCAACAUCAGGGUCUUUUCCAGGGAGUCUUCUCUUCUCAUGAGGUGGCCAAAGUAUUGGAGCCUUAGCUUCAUGAUCUGUGCUUCCAGUGAGCACUCAGGGCUGAUUUCCUUCAGAAUGGAUAGGUUUGAUCUUCUUGCAGUCCAUGGGACUCUCAAGAGUCUCCUCCAGCACCAUAAUUCAAAAGCAUCAAUUCUUCGGCGAUCAGCCUUCUUGAUGGUCCAGCUCUCACUUCCAUACAUCACUACUGGCUCUAAGUAAUAUACACAAAUAAUAAAAGUAUUCCUGCAACCUAACAGCAGAGGAAGGAGGGAAACAUUCUAUCUCUAUAAGGAUGUAUAAUCUAGAACAGGGGUAGGCAACCUAAGGCCUGUGGGCUGGAUACCGCCCAAUCGCCUUCUCAAUCCGGCCGGUGGACAGUCCAGGAAUCAGUGUGUUUUUACAUGAGUAGAAGGUGUCCUUUUAUUUAAAACGCAUCUCUGGGUUAGUUGUGUGGCCUGCCUGGUGUUUUUACAUGAGUAAAAUGUGUGCUUUUAUUUAAAAUGCAUCUCUGGGUUAUUUGUGGGGCAUAGGAAUUCAUUCAUUCCCCCCCCAAAAAACAUAGUCUGGCCCACCACAUGGUCUGAGGGAUGGUGGUGGACGGCUGAAAAAGGUUGCUAACCCCUGAUCUAGAACACAGCCUAUAGGGAGAGUUAACCCUUCCUUCUCCUGCCAGUAUCCCUAUUAAUUCCCCCCUCUAGCAAUUGCUAUUAGUUCUGGGAGGGAAGUGAUAUUAACUGGCAGCAGGGAAAAGCAAUAAUAAUUGAGGCCAUGACAUUGGGUGUUUAAUCCCUCAACCACCACAGUCCUUAUUCUAAUCUCUCCCCCUGUUACUUAAGAUGUUAAAACUAGACAAAAUGCAAUCACACCCUUAAUGUCUCAUCGAGUUUGGCCCUUGCUCUGCUUUAAAAGAAAACAGCAGGGCUGCCCUUAUGUUCUUCUAAGAGACAAGGAGAUGUGCCUAGCUGUUGAGUACGAACAGGAAGAGUAUUUUAUUUGCCCCGGUUUUUGCUUAUAACAUAAUGGUAAAGGUAAAGGUACCCCUGACCAUUAGGUCCAGUCGCGGACAACUCUGGGUUUGCUUUAUUGGCCGAGGGAGCCGGCGUACAGCUUCUGGGUCAUGUGGCCAGCAUGACUAAGCUGCUUCUGGCGAACCAGAGCAAUGCACGGAAAUGUCGUUUACCUUCCCGCCGGAGCAGUACCUAUUUAUCUACUUGCACUUUGACGUGCUUUCGAACUAGGUUGGCAGGAGCAGGGACUGAGUGGCAAGUCCUAGGCUCUGUGGUUUAACCCACAGCGCCACCCGCGUCCCUGCUUGUAACAUACCACUGUCUGAAUAUCAUGAGGUGAUUUAAAAUUGGCAGCGGGGGGGUGGGGGUCUUGUCUCAGGACGGAGGACCAAAUUACAUGAGCCAUGCAGUCCAAUCUUGUGCUUGUUUACAUGGAAGAAAGUCCCACUGUAUUCCCACUGUAUUACUCUCAGACAAGUGUGCGCAGGAUUGCCUUCAUCUUUGCAGUGAUGUGCCUUAGGAGCCAGACAUCCCAGCACUGUGCUCUCAUGUUACGCAGAGCUUCAUAAGUAAUUUCCUGAGACACCCUCUGAAUACCUCCUCUUUUUAUUCCCUGCUUCCUUUUUCAGAUGCAGACUGCAACAUGGCUGCAUUUAACUCUCCUGUUCCAUUUUUGGCUGUGCAGAAGAAGCAGCUCUGCUCCAUGUCAUCAUUUUUUAAUUCGUCAGGAAAGCGUGGGGAGCAGUGAGUAACUUCAAGAUCAUUCUGCACCUUUGAUCUUAAUUUCCAAAUCCUGUAAUUUCUUUAAAGUACACACACUUUUCUCCCUCUCGCCACCAAACACACAGACCUAUUUGAGUGUUAAACAGGAUUUUAAUGAGUCCCGCAAGAGAGUGGGAAAAGCAGCUGUUCAAGUUAGUUUCUAUAAAUAAUUCUAUAUGAUCGUGGCUAAACUUUUAAGAGCCACUGCUGGAGCUCGCCUGUUUCCCCUCAUAUCCUUUGGAAAGCAGGAGUGUGCGACUUUUCGCCCAAGAUCUUGCACAUUUAUUCAUCACAAGGAAAACGCCGUACUGUGUAUCACACGAUGCUCUCAAUUUAAUUAUGUUAGACACAAAGUAUUCCUGAGUGUGAAUACCAACUAGGCAUAUCUGCAUGGUGCUUAAUAUAUAUAUAUAUAUAUAUGUAUGUAUUUUAGUGAAAAAUGAGUAUACAACAAAACACAUCGAUGCUGUAUUCAAGACUGGAUCUUCCUACGCCCAGUUCAUUCUUUCAAUAGAUGAUCCAGCCACGGUUAUCCAUUCUAUUUUAGUUUAUUCAUUAGAUAAUUUAGUAACACCCAAGCUAGACUGUACUGUCUUGUAUAUAAACCUGCCUCUGAAAUGCAACCACAAAUUCUAUUGGUGCAGAAUGGGAUGGCCAGUUCAUUAAAUGUCAACACAUUGAAUGCAACUACAACACUACUCUGUGUUUAAAGCAUUAAUUAUGCAGCAAAAUGGGCACCCCUCCCAUUUAACUCACAAUUAGGGAGUUUGAGAGGCAUGGGCGUAGCCUGGGGGGGGUGCAGGGGUGCAGCUGCUUCCCCCCACCCGCCAUCAAGUAAAUAUAAAUACUUAAUUAACUGACCAAUUGUGUUGCAGAAAACUUGGUUCUGCCCCCCCCCCCCCAAGUGGCUAUGCCCGCGUUCAGAGGUGGCUUUAGGGUAGCUGCACUGAUCAAUUGAACUCAACAGCAGGCGGCUGCGGCAGAUUUUUGCCUCGCACAGGGCGCCACUGAAAAUUGAAAGGCCAAAAUCUGCCCUGGCAAGUUCCAUAGUUGAUCAAAGGAUCAAAAACCUGAGAAGUUCUCCUGCACAAGCCCUGUUGAAAUUAACUGGAGCCAUGCAGGAGAUGUUUCGAUGGGGCUUGUGCAGUAGACAUCUCAUAGAGUUGUUGUUGUUUAGUCGUUUAGUUGUGUCCGACUCUUUGUGACCCCAUGGACCAGAGCACGCCAGGCACUCCUGUCUUCCACUGCCUCCCGCAGUUUGGUCAAACUCAUGCUGGUAGCUUCGAGAACACUGUCCAACCAUUUCGUCCUCUGUCGUCCCCUUCUCCUUGUGCCCUCAAUCUUUCCCAACAUCAGGGUCUUUUCCAGGGAGUCUUCUCUUCUCAUGAGGUGGCCAAAGUAUUGGAGCCUCAGCUUCAGGCUCUGUCCUUCCAGUGAGCACUCAGGGCUGAUUUCCUUAAGAAUGGAUAGGUUUGAUCUUCUUGCAGUCCAUGGGACUCUCAAGAGUCUCCUCCAGCACCAUAAUUCAAAAGCAUCAAUUAUUCGGCGAUCAGCCUUCUUUAUGGUCCAGCUCUCACUUCCAUACAUCACUACUGGGAAAACCAUAGCUUUAACUAUACGGACCUUUGUUGGCAAAGUGAAGUGUAGUGAUGUACUUUUUAAGAUGCUGUCUAGGUUUGUCAUUGCAGUACAUUGAUCUAGAUCAUCAUCUAUCUAUAUGUUGGUGGGUAUAAUGUGACUUGGAGCAGGAGCUUCUCUGCUCAGACUCCAAAACAAUACGUCCCAUCAGCUCCCGUCUCCAGCACAUGGUUGAAAUUUCCAAGGAGAGAGCAAAAACAUUGUGGGAAGGAAGUCCUCUGCCGGAAGAUGUUCUGUACUCAAAGGAGGCCUCUAUUGGAAGGGCCCUCCAGUAAAAGUCUAGUUUCAGACAGUAAACAUCUUGACAGCAGGCAGAGCAGGCACACAGGGCUCCCUAAUGAAGGUGAGGUGCAUUACCUUUCCGUUUAAAUUAUAAUAAUCAUUUCCAAAUAAUUAUGAUGAAUAAUGAUGAUGAACAAGAGUUCCUAAGUUUGCAUUUGUACAUGGAAAAAUAACACAUGCACAUUUCAUGCAGAUCUUGAGCCCUUCUUUGAAGUGACGCACUUUCUCUCUUUCAGCAAUGCGCUAAACGACCUCCCCAGCACCUGUGCAGAUGAACAGGGUUGCAGCUUCCAAGACUGGGCUUGGCAACUGGAGCCUCGACUUGUGUUUACGAGCCUCUGUAAAGCAACUGCACAGAGACAUCCAGUGGACAAUUGA